ACUAAAAUCUGUCCCCCUCCGAGCAGAAACAUGUCAGUUAUGUAGCUGUUAUGUAGUUGGAUGUUUCAUCCAUUUCUACCCGCUUUUUAUCAGUGUUUUGAACUAGCAUGGCUUCAUUAAAAUCACUGCUGGCUUACACCAGCAAGGUGCUUCUGACAUUACAGAAACAGACUCAUGUCAUUUACAUCAAGAGGACUCUGUUGCUGAGCAGACUUCCACUCUUCAAACGUACAGAUGGCAGGUUCAUCAACAUCGGCCGACUGUCCAGCACCACAGCAGCAGAGAAAGGAGAAGAUUCCUUCCUCAAAUGGUUCCUGCUGCUCAUCCCCGUCACCACCUUUGGCCUUGGAACAUGGCAGGUGAAAAGGCGGCAGUGGAAAAUGGCACUGAUUGAUGACCUGAUGAGACUCACCAAUGCAGAGCCCAUUCCUCUUCCUCUUGAUCCUCAUGAGCUGAACAGCCUGGAAUACAGGAGGGUGAGAGUGCGUGGAAUGUACGACCACUCUCAGGAGUUGUACAUCCUGCCCCGCUCACCAGUCGACCCAGAGAAAGAGGCCAGAGAGGCAGGGACGCUGUCUUCAAGUGGAGAGACUGGCGCUAAUGUCAUCACUCCAUUCCACUGCACUGACCUCGGCAUCACAAUCCUGGUGAACAGAGGAUAUGUCCCAAGGCAGAAAAUAAGACCAGAGACCAGGAUGAAGGGGCAGGUGGAGGGUGAGGUGGAAGUGGUGGGAGUCGUCAGGUUGACAGAGGUUCGUAAACCUUUCGUACCGAACAAUGACGUUGAGAGAAACCGCUGGCAUUACCGUGACCUGGAUGCCAUGUCCCAGGUCACUGGAGCUGUGCCCAUCUUCAUCGACGCCGACUAUGGGAGCACCAUUCCUGGUGGACCAGUAGGUGGACAGACCAGAAUCACACUGAGGAAUGAACACAUGCAGUAUAUAAUAACAUGGUACGGCUUGUGUGCAGCUACUUCCUACAUGUGGUAUGCAAAGUUCAUCAAAAAGAUUAAAUUGUGAUGAUUUAAAGCUGUGAAAUUGUUGCACAUGAAUAUUUGGAAGUAUUGCAACGCAGUUAUUCAUAUGUAAUCAUGUGUAAUUCAUUUGAAGUGUAUCAGAUCCAGCCGACUCCAUGUUUCACUGAUGUGUAUUUAAAUAGCUUCUCUGAACACUUGAGAAUAAAUUAAUGUACCUUUCA